AUGUCGAUUCUGAGUCCCAGUGUCAGAUCUCUGCCACAUUUGUUUUACUUUGUGCCUGUGCCAAUGAGCUGGUCGGAUGCACAAACAUACUGCAGACAACAUUACACUGAUCUGGUCACCAUUAAUGAACUGACGGAUGUUGCUGAUGUGUUAAAAACUGUACCCAAAGAUACAGGAGGAAAUAUAUGGAUUGGACUGUAUCGGACAUCUGGUUCUGCUCCCUGGAUCUGGUCAGAUCAGAGCAACUCCACAUAUAGAUCGUGGGGUCCCGGACAGCCAAACAAUUAUGGUGGCCAACAGUUCUGUACGGCAACUACCAUUUCUGGAUCCUGGAACGAUAUUGAAUGUGCAGCUAAAUUCACAUCUAUCUGCUACAGUGUGAGGAAGAGACAGAUUGUGAGAGUGGAGGUGAAAUCAAGUCAAACUGUAAAUGGUCUUGAUGUGAAUGCAAAGGUUUUAGAGACGAUAAAGCAGAAAUUGAAGGAGGUCGGUAUGGCAGAAGAUGCUACAGUGUCGUGGAACAUGUCUGGUGAAGAUGUUUUUCACAGGAUGUGGUAUCAGAAGAAUGAAGUUUCUAAGAAGCUGUGCCAGAAAAACAAUAACUGA